AUGGAUAUAGGGGAAUCCGCUUUUCCCAUACCAGCUCCAACAUCGCCUUAUCCACCCUCAUCUCCCAUAUCAACAUUGACUGCCCAACCGUCAGUUUCUUCAAACACGACCACGACAACCGCCAAUCCUCAAAGUGUAUCUGGCACAUUAAGACGAGAUCAACAUAUCAACAAGCAACCUCAACGACCUUUAAAACCAGCUCCAUCAUGGAUCUCCGCUACAGUCAGAUUCUCGGCUGCUACUGCUGCUGAUAAGAAAGCUUCGAUAGUAUCAAUUGCGCCAACCAGAACCCGCUUCUUUCAGCAAAUCGAUGUUGCAAAGCAAAGCAUUCAUUUGGCAUUGGCACAGUUGGUGGUUGUAGGAGGCUUGGAAACGGUUGUGUUGGUGUAUACUUGCGAUAUGGUUACGUGGUGGUUGAAGAACAAGGACUACGUAAUGAACAAUGGCUCAUCCGAAUGUGCAGAUCACGCCGAAUUCGCAGCCUCCGAUCUCGCCUUCCUGUCGCUCUACUUUUGUCUCUUUAUAGUAGCGAUGAUUUACCAACUAGUCAUGGUCUUUGAUAGUGCUCGCCAGAAGAAUGCGGCCCAAGCAAUGGCUACCCAGUUCUUCAACAUGGCUGCGUUCGGAUACUCGGCCAUUCAGUUAAAACAGUUAACUAGUAUAUAUAGUCAGGAUUGUGGGCUGCUCGUGCCCGUGUAUAUUGGCCAACGAAUCCAGACAUGUAUAUCCAUAUGUAUAGCUAUAGUGGUAUUAAUGGCGCCCUUUGUGGCAAUGGGAUUGUAUCUCUCAUUGUCGCUUUGGAGAGAGUACAGAUGGAGUGUGUUUACUGAGCAGUCUGGUGCCAUGCUUAUGCUGGGCGUAGCACUGUACUUUGCCGCGGCAUAUGAGCCUCAGAUAGAUGCCACAGGUCGGUCACCACAAGAGCUGGGAUUGGGUACUGUGAUUAUAGAUUUCAUCAUAUUGGCUAUUGUGUGCUUGGGAUACUUUGGAAUUGGCUUGCUCGCUGUGCGACGUGGAUCUAAAGCCUUUAUGACCAUAUUCCUGGGCAUUAUGCUUGUGGACCUGUGUGCGUUAGGCUUUGUCAUGUAUGUGACGCGAAUGGAUAUGCGCUUUGAAGGGACGGUUGUCUUCUUGACGUGGUUUAUAUCCAUUCAGUUAAUUGUGAACCUCGCCACGAUGUGGACAGGCGCCCGUUGCUUUCUAGAUUUUGCUCGAUUCGAGAAUUAUCGUAAGAUGGUUCGCCCAAAGCCCAUCCAUAUGGAAGAAUUGCAACGAAGAUCUGAACCCAUUCUCGAUUGA